AUGCGGCAACGGACAGGAGCACACCGCCUCUGUCCUCUGAUAUCACCAAGCCAGCGCGCGCCUCCUCGUCUCCACGCACCAAGAAGCAGAGCAUCCCCAAUGGCGCGUUGGGCUGCCGUGUGCGCCGUCGCCGUGGCCCUGGCGCUGCUGGCGGCGUCGUCGGCGGCCGCGUGGCUGCACGAGGAGUUCACCACGGAGGGCAACGUGCGGGCCGGCUACGACGCGCGGGGGCAGCAGGUGGCGUCGAUCGUCCUCGACCGGCAGUCGGGCGGCGCCUUCCGCUCCCGUCGCAGCUACCUCUAUGGCCAGUUCAGCGUCCAGAUCAAGCUCGUCCCCGGCAACUCCGCCGGCACCGUCGCCUCCUUCUACCUCUCGUCGGGCGACGGCCCCGGGCACGACGAGAUCGACAUGGAGUUCAUGGGCAACAGCACCGGCCAGCCGGUGGCGCUCAACACCAACGUGUGGGCCAACGGCGACGGCAAGAAGGAGCAGCAGUUCUACCUGUGGUUCGACCCGGCCGCCGACUACCACACCUACACCAUCAUCUGGAACGACCGAAACAUCAUCUUCAAGGUGGACGACCUCGUCCUCCGCUGCUUCACCCGCCACGCCGACCUGCCCUACCCGGGCGCCAAGCCCAUGUCGGUGCACGCCACGCUCUGGGACGGCAGCUACUGGGCGACGCAGCGGGGCAAGGUGAAGGUGGACUGGUCCGCCGCGCCCUUCGUCGUCUCCUACCGCGGCUACCUCGCCGACGCCUGCGCGCCCGCCGGCGCCGGCCGCCCGCUCGCCUGCCCCGCCGGCACCGGCCGCUGGAUGCGGCGCCGGCCCAGCGCCGCCGAGCGGGGCACCGUCGCCUGGGCCAAGAAGAAUUACAUGCGCUACAACUACUGCGACGACGGGUGGCGGUUCCCCAAGGGGUUCCCCGCCGAGUGCUCCCGCAGCUGA